AUGGCGGCCGAAAAGAUUGCGCUCUACAACCUCGCGGAUCUAAAGAACACCUCGGACGAUGCGAUCCCCAACUACCUCAACUCUCUCAAGUUCAAGCAGACGCACCGCCUCCAGGACGUGCGCCUCGCGCUCGGCUACAGCGCCUUUUCCGUCGCCGCGCUCUGCUUCCUCUGGGACUACAAGCUGGGCUGGGACAGCACCAAGCACUAUACCGCCGCCGCCGUCGUCGUCUACAUGUGCCUCAACGGCGCCCUGACCUACUGGAUGACCCAGCGGGAAAAGAACAUCAUCUACGAGGGCACAGCGCCAUCCGGCGACAAGAUUACAAUCUCGACGACGACAAAGAAAAACGUCCCCAUCUACAACCUCGGCAUCACCGUGUCCCCGAAACGCACCACCGCCACCGACAGGCCCCAGACCUAUACCCUCGCCAAGGAGUUCGCCGGCUGGUUCGACGAGGUCGGCUUCUUCGUGGCCGCGCCGUUCCAGGAGAUGCUCGCGAGCGCGGUGCCGCUGAUUGGCAAGCAGGACCCCAAGCGCGUCAAGGCGUCGCGCGAGAUGCUCGACGCCAACCCGGACCUGCUCGACGCGGUGCUCGCGGCGUCGGGCACCGAGGCCCGGGGUGAGGCGCGACAGCGCAAGGCGUAG